GGGGACGCGUUUCUUCUCACCACCACCAUGUCCUCGCUUGCUCGCAGUGCUCUUCGUCUUCCUCGUCGCGUCGCCGUCCCUUCAUCCCUCCGUUCCAUCCAAACCUCGGCCGAUACUACCCAGCUUUCUUCAUCUCCUCCUCAGGGCUUAGACGACCCCUUCCAAGUUAGAAUUCAUGAAGACUCUUUCCAGACGUACAACUGUGAAAAACCGUCUUUAGAUGUCACUGUGACCAAGGGAGAGCUGUUGAAGAUGUACACGGAGAUGCAGACCAUGCGACGGAUGGAGAUGGCUGCCGACCAACUUUACAAGGCCAAGUUGAUUAGAGGUUUCUGCCAUUUGGCUAUCGGGCAGGAAGCCAUUUCGGUCGGUUUAGAGCAUGGUAUAACUCCAAAUGACCGUGUUAUUACCGGUUAUCGUUGCCAUCCUUUUGCUGUUUUACGAGGAGGUAGCAUCGCGGGUGUGCUUGGAGAACUGCUCGGACGCCAAAUCGGCAUGUCCAACGGUAAAGGUGGCUCCAUGCACAUCUUCACUCCAUCUUUCUACGGUGGAAACGGUAUUGUCGGUGCUCAAGUCCCGGUUGGUGCUGGCGUAGCAUUCGCACAAAAGUACAAGGAAAAAGAUAACUGUACGUUUGCCCUGUACGGAGACGGUGCCAGUAACCAGGGACAGGUGUUCGAGGCUUUCAACAUGGCCAAACUUUGGGAACUUCCCGUCGUUUUCGUUUGCGAGAAUAACAAAUACGGAAUGGGUACCCCCGCCGAGCGAAGCUCUUCCAACACCCAAUACUUCACCCGUGGUGACAAAAUACCUGGUCUCCAGGUCAAUGGAAUGGACAUCAUCGCUUCCAAACAUGCGGCUCAGUAUGCCAGAAAGUGGACCGUUGAUGACAAAAAAGGUCCUCUUCUCCUUGAGUUCGUCACCUACCGUUACGGUGGACACUCAAUGUCCGACCCCGGAACUACUUACCGCACUCGCGAAGAAGUUCAGAGGAUGCGGAGCACUCAGGACCCCAUCCGUGGUCUCCAGAAAUAUAUUGAAGAAUGGGGUCUUGCCUCUGAGCAGGAACUCAAGCAAAUCGACAAAGAGGCUAAGUCGAAGAUAGAUGCUGCCGUUGAGGAGGCAAAGGCAUCUCCUGAGCCCAAGGUCGAUGACCUCUGGACCGAUAUCUAUUACAAGGGUACUGAGCCUCCCUUCAUGAGGGGUAGGGAGAGAGAAGAGGUUCACUACUACUAAUUCAUUGCUGCAAUGUUAUCGUUGGACAAUCUGGAUUCCUGCAUGUUGCAUGUUGCCUAGACUAUAAUAGUAUUAGUUCCACCUCAUGAAACCAUCGCCUAGGGUCUAUGCACUCCUUGAGUGGCCAGUGGGCAGGGAGGGCCGAA